AUGAAACUCACAACUUCUUCGGGGCUCAUUGCCCUCUUCCUCGGGGCGGCUCUGGGUCAAAGCUUCCCGGAAUGCACCAGAGAGCUUCUUCGUACCGACGAUUGUGCGGCGGUGGUCAACCCCAACGCUUGUUACAACCAAUUCCGCUGGAGCGCGCGUACGCUCGGUUGCAUCGAGGGGGAGAACGACACGCAGAGGAAAGAGAGGGCAUGCAAGUGUUGCAGCUGUGUCGGCACCGUCAUGUGCAACUGGGUGACGCAGAACCGGUACUGUUCGUGA